UUUGUGCCGGCCAUUACAAAAGUUUCCCUGCCCUUUUCUCCUUGGUUGCUUUCAAUUUGCAAAAGGUGUGACACAAACAUCUGUGUUAAUUAGCCCCUUAUCUUCUCCAAAAGCUUCACAACCGCUUGAUUAUGUGUAUUGCCUAUAUUGAAUUUGAACAUUUUAGUCGAUGGGUUUACUAUUCAGAAUGCAGCUAGCCCGAAGUUUCUCUGCCAUGGCGCAUACGCAAUUUGAAGAGUCUCUGAAUUCUAUGACAACAAUGUUAGAGUUGUAAACAACACGUUUGAUCUACGUUCAUCAUUAUUAGCGAAGAACGAGAAAGCUAACUUUGUAAAAGAUGAGAGACAGGAUUUAUUGAUGGAAUGCUCUAGCAGACAACAUGGUGGAACCCCUUGAUUGGAUGAAGUCAAAGAAGAGAAUAUAGAAGAAAAACCAGGAAGAAAACACAGGAAAAAUGUAUUCACCUUGCAUCAGAGAGUCUUCGGAAGUUUGCUUUCAUGGGUGUUGUCCGACAACGUUUCUCGGCCUGUCUGAACCUCAAACUACUGUGACAUCUUUAACAAGUGCUGCUGUUUCUCGGUAUGACUUUGAAGUUUCCAUGGCUUCCUCUAUAUACCCAAAUUCUCAAUUCACCAAUCACGAGUCUCUCCCCUCAUUACAUGAAUCAUUCUCCAAUUUCAUCAAAGCAUUUCCACAGUAUUCUCUGACUGAGAAGGCUGACAAAAUCCGACAACAAGAAUACUACCAUCUUUCGCUGUCCAAACAUGUAUGUCUUGAUUAUAUUGGCCAUGGACUCUUCUCCUACUUCCAGCAACAGAGUCAAUAUUCUCAGGCUUCUUCAAGUGCUUCAACUUCAACUUCUCCACCACUGCAUUCUAGUGCUGCUUUUGGAACACCAUUUUUCGAUAUUUCCUACAGGUCAGUGAGCUUGACCUCUCAAUUACAAUAUGCUGCUCCAGAAUCAGACCUGGAAAAUAAUAUUCAAAAAAGAAUUACGGCCUUCAUGAAUAUAUCCGAAGAUGAUUACAACAUGGUUUUCACUGCCAAUCAGUCAUCUGCAUUCAAACUUCUUGCAGACUCGUACCCAUUCCAAUCCCAUAGAAAUCUCCUUACGGUUUAUGACUACGAGAACGAGGCGGUGAGAGUGAUGAUUGAAAGCUCAAAGAAGAAAGGAGCACAGGUCACCUCAGCUGAGUUCUCGUGGCCUUCACUGAGAAUCCAGUCAGGAAAACUACAGAAGAAGAUCGCGAGUAAGAAAAAGAAUAGAGGGCUAUUUGUUUUCCCACUUCAGUCAAGGAUGACAGGAGCUAGUUAUUCAUAUUUUUGGAUGAGUAUGGCCCAGGAAAAUGGGUGGCAUGUCUUGCUUGAUGCAACUGCAUUGGGACCUAAGGAUAUGGAGACUUUAGGCCUCUCCCUCUUCAAGCCUGAUUUUCUUAUUUGCUCCUUUUUCAAGGUUUUCGACGAGAACCCAUCUGGUUUUGGGUGUCUGUUUGUGAAAAAAUCAAGUAUUUCUGUUUUAAAGGAUUCAAAUACUUCUACAAGCGUAGGUAUAGUAAAGCUUGUGCCAGCAACAAGACCAUCUCAGCAAUCCGAAGAGUCUUCUAUGGCUGAUAUAGAAGCUGAGUCAAAGGCAAAUCUCGAGCUAUCUGAUGCUGAUGUUUUGCCAGGCUCAUCCUCAAAUCCAAUGCUGAUCAGUCAGCAGGUAAGCAGCAAAACUUCUGAACUACACGAAAUUGAAGAGAUUGCUGAAAAACAGAAAGCCCCAGAGAUCGAGAGAAGCAUCGAUAGGAUCCCGGAACUCGAAUAUAGAGGAUUGGAUCACGCAGAUUCACUGGGCUUGAUACUAAUCAGUGCGAGAGCAAGGUACUUGAUAAACUGGCUGGUAAAUGCAUUAACGAGUCUUCAGCAUCCACAUUCAGAAAAUGGGCAACCCCCAAUCAGCAUCUACGGGCCAAAGGUAAAGUUUGACAGAGGACCAGCAGUGGCAUUCAAUGUAUUUGAUUGGAAAGGAGAUAAAAUUGAUCCUGCACUUGUACAGAAACUUGCUGAUAGAAACAACAUUUCUUUAAGUUAUGGAGUUCUGCAAAACAUUUGGCUCCGUGACAAGCAUGGAGAAGAGAGGAGAUGGACAUUGGAGACAAUAACAGGUGGAGGAGGAUCAAUCUUAAAUGAGAAGAGAGAGAAACCCCAUUCUGGUAUUUCAGUUGUGACGGCUGCUCUUGGAUUCUUGACAAAUUUUGAGGAUGUUUAUAGGCUUUGGUCAUUUGUUUCACGAUUCUUGGACGCAGAUUUUGUUGAAAAAGAGAGAUGGAGAUACACGGCUCUUAAUCAGAAGAUAAUUGAAGUCUAGUUUACACUCAAUUCUUUUAUUAUUUCAUAUUAUUAGGGUCAAUUAUUUUACCUGCAUUAUCAACAAAUAAGCUAAUAUUGAGAUAAAAAUAGGGGUAAAAUUAU